CCCGGGGAUUAGGGGCUGCGUUUAGCCCGCCCCGCAGCCGGCGGCGGGCGGUUUGCAGCCGGCGGGGCGGUGGGGAGCGCUGGGGUGGUUCACCGGGAUGCAUUUGUGCCAGGGAUGGGGCAUGCUGCGCUGGCAUAAUUACAGACCGGUAACGCUUGGGGGGUGGUUGCUUUGAGGCUGCUGUAACGUGGCACUCAGAAGGAUAAUCGGUGACAUUAUACAGGUCCCAAACAAACUGAGCCUGGAAGCGUGUCCCAGGAACAAAGAGGUGUGGGACCAGGCCACAGGUGGGAGCGGGCAGACAGAGGGCUUAAUUGGGCUUAAGCCGGAGCUGGAUCCGUCUUUGCAAGGGAUUAUGACCCCUCCGUCUGUGCAGGCACCGCAGGAGCAGGGCACCCCCCAGCCCCGUCCUGACCCCUGGGUCAGUGUGAGCAGGGCACAGGGUAGGGGGCAGCAGCUCCCAUCAGCCUCAUGGGUCGGUGUGGGGCCGGGUCGGGCACACGGACCUGCUUUCCAUAAGGACACUGCAAGCUGGAACGGAGAUGAAAAAUAGCCAGAAAUAUGAUUAGAGGAUUGGCGAAAAUGCCUUAGAGUACAAGCGUUAAGAGCUCAAUCUGUUUAGCCUAUAAAAAUAGAAGAUUGAGGGGUGACUUAAUUACUGAGCAUAAUUACUUCCCAGGCAGAAAAUGCCAGGUAGUGGCAGGCUCUCCCAUCCAGCAGGGAAAGGCAGCAGCAGGAGGGACAGCAGCAGGAGGUGGACGCUGUCCCCCUGCACCUUUUGUCCCUAGCCCAGCCGUGAUGGAGCCAUUUUCCCACGGAUGGGUGCUGGGAUUUGGGGCAAUUGUCUGAGCUUGGCACAGAGCCUGGCUGGUGUCUGGGCCAGGAGCAUCCCAGGGAUGGGAUGCGGGGCUGCAGCCUUCUUUACAGUGGGAUGGAGGAUCGAGUGGGCCCCAUUGGAGGGGCUCACUGCAUUCCCUCUCUUCCCCCCUCUCUCUGCAGCCGGAGCUGGUACCAGGGCAUGGAUUUGCCCACGAGCGAUGGGACAGGAGCAAAGCUUUUGAUGCCUCUCCCAGGACUCCCCAGAGCCAUGACUGCAACUGUGCAGACGCUGCGCUUCAAGCUGCUGCCGCACGACACAGGCCAGGAGUGGACGCACAGCUGCCAGCAGGAGAUAGAGCGCCGCUACCAGGUGGUGCCCUCUGUGGUGUGUGCCAUGUGCUGCCUCUUUGGGAUCAUCUACUGCUUCUUUGGUUACCGCUGCUUCAAGGCUGUCAUGUUCCUGACGGGACUGAUGUUCGGCUCCAUCAUCAUCUUCAUGCUGUGCUACAAGGAGCGGGUGCUGGACACGCAGCUGAGCGUGGAGGCAUCAGUGGGCAUCGGGCUGGGCAUUGGAGUGCUGUGCGGGCUGGUCACCAUGCUGGUGCGCAGCGUCGGCCUCUUCAUGGUAGGGCUGCUGCUGGGGCUGUUGCUGGCGGUGGCCACGCUGGUGGUGAUGGAGCAGUUCUACCACCCGCCCACGGUGUGGAUCCCCAUCGCGUUGCUGCUGGGUGUGGGGAUGCUCUUUGCCGUGCUCACCCUGCAGUGGCAGCGUUUCUUCACCACCCUCUCCACCGCCGUCUUCGGCAGCGCCAUUAUGACCGUCACCGUCGAUUACUUCAUCGAGCUCUUCCUGCUGGUGCAGUACAUCUACGAGCGCAUCAAGGUGGCCCCUGCUCGCCCUGUGUGCUGGUACAGCUGGGUCAUCCUGGGCGUCUGGCCGCUGCUCACUGUGCUGGGUGUCCUGGUCCAGUGGAAGGUCACGGCCGAGGGCUACUCUCACACUGAAGUGAUCAUCAGCCGGCAGCAGCGCCGUGUGCAGCUGAUGCGCAUCAAGCAGCGGGAGGACCGCAAAGAGAAGAAGAAGAAGCGGAGGCCCCACCACCCACCGCCCCACCAGCACAAGGCCCACCCGCCUGAGCCUGCCUACCGCCGCAAGCCCAACCCCGUGCGCCGCUUCGAUGGGGACGUGCUCUCCCCAGUGAGUCCCGCACCCAGGAGCUACAUCCAGAGUUUCCGAGAGCGGCAGACGGGGCCAUCUCUCAACAGCCUCAUCGCCAGCUCCCAUGCCGUGGUGGACCUGGACUAUGACUGCAGCUCCACCGUGCCCCUCACCACAGGCUCCGGCCCUGCCAUGCGGGUAUAAGCCAACCCAGUGACCUCGAGUGACACCAGCACCCCAGCCUGCUCCCACAGACCUCUUUGGACACAUGGGGCUGUUCCUUCAGCCUCAGGGCUGUGGAGGCUACGGAUGGAGAACCUUCCUAGGGCAGCAUGGGACUCAUCUCGGUGAGCCCAGGAUGCCCGCGGGACUCAGCCAUGCUGGGGACACCCCCAGGCAGAAACUCAGCCCAUGGAUUGGGGCUACGAGCACCCGUGGACUCACAGAAUGUGGUGUGAGCAGCUCUGCUGCACGUUUCCCCAUGGCCUGGGCACACUCCUUCUGUACCCUGACACCCUCCUUUCCAUGUUCAAGCCCUCCCAGAGCAGCUCCCCGUGCCUGCUCCUUCCCCAUCACACCCCACAGUGACUCCCCAAGUGCCUGUCCCCAUGUCCCUUUUUCAGAGAGCAGCUCCCCAAGCCCCUGCUCCCACCGUGACUACCCUGAGCAUGUGUGCCCCAUCCCGCCCCAGGCAGCACUCCCAAAACUCUGCCUUUAGGGGUUCCUGCCCUACACACCUUCCUUGCCCCCAGAGCAGCUUGCCUGCGUCCCUAUUUUCCUGGGCUGAAGUGGGGCAGACUUGGGCAGAGGCUGCCAGGGCAUGGGGCUGCUGCUGUGGGGUUACAGCACUGGGGCUCUGCCCCACCCGGGCACUGUGCGCACUCCCCUGAAUGUUUUGAUGGGAGCAAGGACACAGUCUUCAGGCAGAGACUGGGCUGCUCCAGGGACCCCCUGGCAUCACAGGCCAUCGCUGUUUUGCUGGCGACUGGAUUUUAUAGCAGCUGGGGGGCCCUGCGGGCAGCACCUCUGCAGGGCAGGGCAGGAGCCCCUGCUCAGAGCAUCGCUGCGGACAGAGGCUCCCACCUUGUAUAUACUUCUCUUGCUGUGAUUUGUAUUAAUUUAUUACGGAGUGAGCCAGGACCUCCCCGCAGGCGGGAUGUGGGGGGACCAGAGUGGGGUGCCCCUGGUGCUGUCCUGUCCCCGGCUGCCACCCCAGGAACUGCAUGUUUCUGCCACACCGUCUCUGCAGCGCUGCGCAGCCGCCGUCCCCCUUUUCAGCCUCUUUUGUAAAUGUGCCAAACGCUGCUGAGGCCACGGCCACACAGUAAAGAGCCUUUCAGAA